AUGGGUACUAAUACUUUUGAGAUUCUUGAAAUUUGCGGAGACGGUACAUUUGGCAUUGUAUAUAAAGCCAAACAAAAGUCAACAGAAACAUUUGUUGCUAUUAAAAGAGCUAAGGAAGUUAAAUAUGAAAGACCUGUGCAAGAACGGAUUCCAAACGAGAUAGAAAUUUUACGCAAAGUUCAACAUGAAAAUAUCAUAUCAAUAUUUUCAUUGGAAGAAUCAAUAGAAAUAAUAUCAUCACUAUCAUUUUCUAAAUUACUAAAUAUCAAACCGAAUGUUAAUGCAAUUAUAUUUCCUUAUUGUCCCUUAACAUUAAAAUCUUUAUUGAAAGAUUAUACUCUUUCACCACACGAAGUCAAGUCUUGUAUUUGGAUGAUACUCACUGGAGUUGUUCAUAUUCAUAAUAAUGGUGUGAUACAUAGAGAUUUAUCACCAAAUAAUAUAUUAAUUAGUGACUCUGGUGUUAUCAAGAUUUCUGAUUUUGGAAUAGCAUGGGUGGAUUCUAAUAAUGGUUAUGAACCUAGAGGUAAAAUGAAAUUCGAAGUUGGAACAAGAUAUUAUCGCGCUCCAGAACUUCUUUACUCAGCCGAAAAUUAUUCUAAUGCAAUUGAUUUAUGGUCACUUGGAUGUAUCUUUGCUGAAUUUUUUACAAAACCCGCCAGUUCAUCAUUGUUUCAUGGCGAAAAUGAUAUUGGGCAAUUAAGUGAGAUCUUUCGCAUAUUAGGAGUUCCUGAUGAAUCAACCUGGCCUGAGAUGAUAGAUUUUCCGGAUUAUGGCAAGUUUACUUUUAUUAAAAAAGAUUGUGAUGGACUAACAAUUAAACAUUUACCUAAAGCAAAGUCGCAAGAU